UAUCCGCUGAUUGAUUCAUUUUCGAUAAUACCGCCAUGGGCUUUGCUAUGCACCUCAUCAACGGUGCGGCAGAACCUGUACCAAAUGUUGUGCACGCGUAAAGGAUCGGUCAUUUCACAUCAAAUUGGCACACUGCAACACGCAAGUGGCGUCGGUUUUCGUACAGAAAGCAACCGUGCGAAUGCUGCGAACUGGGCGCAGUCCCGACACCAACCCACAGAGAACUUCUAG